AUGAACUUGGUACAUUCUCAAACGUUUCAAGGCAUCAUAGUCGGCAGCAUCAGUGAAGUUUCUGUACUUCAACCCCUUGAUCGAGAAACCUUACUCGCCCAGGUUGCUAGGCUACUAUUGACUCCAAGCAAUCCAGCUGGAAAGCUUGCCGCCCUAAUAACUGAGGCCACGCAACAUGAAGCAUUUGGGCCAAGUGGAUUGCAGGCACUGGCGGAUGACCUGUUGCCAGGUCUUUCAGUAGCACCUGCCAGCAACAGCCUGGCUGAGCUAGUUGUGCCCGUGCUGCUGGAGGCUAGUGAUGGUCGACCGAAUCAAAGACCAGCGCACUGCCUUUUGCUGCUCCAUUUGACAGACAUUAAUGACCAUGCUCCUCAUCUCCUUUCAAUGGAGCAAGAACUAGACCAAAAGGUCGAAGUGGGUGCUUUUGAAGGAAGUCUUAUAACAGGUAUGUCUUGA